AUGGCGCAGUACGAAGACAAGCACAGCCUGGACGACAAGCCGGUGACUGAGUUCAACGAGUCGCCAGUUGCGGAGGAUGCCAGAAGCCAGCUGGGAUUCGAUGGUUUGUCGUAUGAAGAGACGAGGAAGAUCGAGAAGCGCUUGCUGCGCAAGAUCGACCUUCAUCUCAUCUUACCGCUCUUCUUUCUGUUCAUCUUCAAUAUAUUGGACAGGAGCAAUAUCGCCAAUGCUAAGCUUGGAGGCUUGAAAGAAGAUCUGGGCCUGACAGAUACCCAAUACCAAACGGCCGUGGCAGUAAUGUUUGCUGGAUAUCUUGGGGGCCAGAUCCCGUCCAACAUCAUCCUCACGCGGCUGAGGCCAUCGUACUAUCUGCCGGCUGUGAUCUUCAUCUGGGGUGGCAUUUCCCUGUGCUUUGCUGCACUCAAGAACUACUCCGGUAUCUUGGCAGCACGCAUUUUCCUUGGCAUAGCGGAGAGUCCUUUCUUUCCUGGAGCACUACUGAUGAUCAGCUCAUGGUACAAGCCCAGUGAGAUUGCUCCUCGUGUCGCCUUCAUGUAUUGCGGCAACACGAUUGCCAACGCAUUUGGCGGUCUCAUUGCUGCUGGUGUUCUCGAUGGCUUGAACGGGGCCGGUGGGCUAGAGGGCUGGCGCUGGCUGUACAUUAUCGAAGGAGCUGGGACCAUGGUCGCUGGAGUUCUAGCAUUCUGGCUGCUUCCAGACUUUCCUCGCAGUGGCUCAAAGAGUUGGCUGACGCCACAGGAGCAUCGCUUGGCGGAAUGGCGAAUGUCACUGGCAGCGAAUGACGAGACCGAUGAGAAUGGAGGCGUGCGUGAGAGUCUCAAAGCUGCGCUGUCAGACCCCAAAGUUUGGAUGCUUGUGCUCGUUCAGAACAUGAACUUGACAGCACAGACCUGGACGUACUUCUUCCCGUCGAUCGUCAAAACUCUAGGCUUCGACACUACAGUAACCCUUUUAAUCACAGCACCGGUGUACUUCUUCGGCUUCUUCACAGCUCUUGGAAAUUCGCUGAUCGCAGCGAAGACCGAUCGGCGAGCAGUUUUGAUCGUAUGGCCUCUGCUCGUAGACAUCGCGGGAAACGUCAUGGUCAUAAGCUCCCAUUCAACAGCAGUACGCUACACGGGCAUGUUCCUGAUGUGCGCUGGCUCGUACUCGGCAUUUAACGUCGUCCAAGCAUGGGUUGCAAGCACCAUUCCCCGAACCCGCACGAAGCGAGGAAUCGCGUAUGCACUGGUCAACAUGUUCGGAAAUCUUUCAAAUGUGUACGGGUCGUACUUCUUCCCGGACUCUGACGCACCGCAGUAUUGGUCUGGCGGAGUAACGUUGUCCUCGUUCGCAGCUGGGGGGAUUGUUUGCUCUGCCGUUCUUGGCACAUAUCUAUACCUCCAGAACAAGAAGGCAGCCAAGGUCGAAGAGGAGACUGGACGGCCACAAUAUAGGUACAUGAUAUGA